AUGGAUAGACCGGCAUUCUUAGAAAAUAAAGUCAUAAAUGCGUUGCAAGUUAAUCCAUUAAAUGUCAAUUUACGUAUUUUAUGUCCACAAUUUUAUACUUUUGCAAUAAAAUAUUUAGAACUGUAUGAAGAUCCUGAUUUAGCUGAAAUUUUGAUGAAGAGUAAAAAAAUUAGAGGUCUUGAAAUCUUUGAUCGAGCAAAAAGAAUUUAUGAAGAUCACAAUGAGUUUAUCGAAAAAUUGGACGAUGGUGAACAAUUAAUGUUUGAGAAACAAAGAGCAAUAUGUGAAGAUAGUUAUGUAGAUUAUUUGAGAGAUUUUUCGAAACGCUCUUAA